AUGGCUUCGAUCAUCGCUGCCAUCGUCCCAGUCACGGACGAGGCCAAAGAGGCGCUCAAGCGGGGAAGGAACUCUGUUUGGGUGAUGCCAGCAUCGGAACUGCCGGAGUCCCUGAAGAGUGCCAUCGAAGCCGAUUGUCAUCAAGAACGCUAUCCCGACGCGAUCGUGUACGAUGUGGCUCGGGUCCACACGGGCAGUCGCAAGAGCAUGACCUUUGGUAGGAAGCGCACCAGCACCGUGCAGCUCCUGAGUCCAGCCAUCGAGGAGACUCACUGCGCGCUGAGCUUGGGACCCGGCUGCUCGCUGUGGCUCGACAACAAGAGCACGCAGGGCUUGUUCACCGCUUCCGAGCCAGGCAAAAAGGGCGACCUGGCCCCAAACGCCGCCUUCGAGCUGACCGAGCCUACGACGGUCACGAUGGGCAGGCACGGGUUUCGCAUCUACCCUGGCAAGCCCACUGCUGCGAUGAAAAAGGGGACCCCGCCAGCCCACGACGGAGCUACACACAUCCAAGGGAAGCAUGCGGCCGGCAUCCGCGAUGACGCCAACGCCAGCACCCUCAAACACGCCAUCAAACGUGGCCGUACCCAUGCCAAGUCUUCCGCCAUCAGCAGCAACAAAGCGAACAAGGCUGGCCCAACUUCUCACGAGCCUGCCUCGACCCACGAGACGGCCCACCACAGCCGUGCCGACGAGCCUUCCACCAUCACCACCAGCGACGACAAGGCAGCCCACGAGCCCACCCUGAUCCACGACGGAGAGCAUACUGCCACCGUAACCGGUGGAGUCAAGCGCAAGAUCGAAGUCGGUCCUGCAGACGCUGGAGACGAGAUGGGUGACGUUGAAGAGCCACCGGCCAAGCGCAUCCGCCAAGAGGAUCAGGGGGGAGUCGACUGGUUUGGAGCAAUGGGCCACGCAUCCCUCCUCGGCCUCAGCGCUUUCGCCGUUGCGCAGCGGUUCAUCGGCUGA